ACUCAAUCUCGGAGUGCUAUCACAAACUUUUCUCCAAUCCUGGCGAUUUAACGAGCUCUUUAGAUAUAUUUUUAAAAAAUAAAAAAACGUUAUACGUCAUCUGCGAAGGUGGAUCAUGUAGUGUUCCAAUAUUUAUAAAGCUCCGUGCGAACAAUACAUUGUGCAGGAGGAAAGAGACCUUUAAGGACGAGUUUCUCGCUGCUGUCAGCGACUUGGUUCCACGUUUAAGACAAGAGAAAAGAAGCACGAGUCAGACUUCACACAGUGGCACGUGGAUUUUUGGAGAUGUUCCUUCUGGAGCUCAAUCACUUGUCAGCGCUGGUCACUGCGCUCACAUCAGUGCUCUCCGCCCUGAUCUUGCUUGCCGUCUCCAGGCAACUGUGGACCUUCCGGUGGACCAUUACGCGGGACACAGAGAGCAAGUUGCCGCUACCCAAUGGGUCCAUGGGCUGGCCGCUGGUGGGAGAAACGUUCCACUGGCUCUUUCAGGGGUCCAACUUCCACAUCUCCAGGAGAGAGAAGCAUGGCAACGUUUUUAAAACUCACCUUUUAGGAAAGCCUGUUAUCCGGGUGACUGGUGCCGAAAACAUCCGUAAAAUCUUGCUUGGAGAACACAACUUGGUUUGCACGCAGUGGCCUCAGAGUACCCGUAUUAUCCUAGGACCCGACACCCUGGUCAACUCUAUCGGAGAUUUGCACAAGAAGAAGAGAAAAAUCUUGGCAAAAGUCUUUAGCCGCGGGGCCUUGGAGACUUACCUACCUCGCUUGCAAGAUGUUGUCAAGUCUGAAAUUGCAAAGUGGUGCUCAGAGCCUGGCCCAGUGAAUGUUUACGUCUCAGCCAAGUCUCUCACAUUUCGCAUUGCUGUCAGAGUCUUGUUGGGACUGAAGAUGGAGGAAAAACGCAUAGUUUACCUGUCUAAGAUCUUUGAGCAACUCAUGAACAACCUCUUCUCACUACCAAUUGACGCACCUAUGAGUGGCCUCCGCAAAGGAAUAGAAGCCCGGGAAAUCCUACAUGCGUGCAUGGAGAAAAUCAUAGAGGAGAAAAUGCAGAAACAACAGUCUGAUGAGUACUAUGAUGCUUUCGAUUACAUGUUGAUCAGUGCCAAGGAAAAUGGAAAUGAACUCAGCAUGCAGGAGUUGAAGGAAACCGCGGUGGAGUUAAUAUUUGCUGCUCACUCAACUACAGCCAGUGCCUCCACUUCGCUUAUUCUUCAACUCCUGCGGCACCCUGCUGUGGUGGAGAAAGCCCAGAUGGAGCUGGAGUCCGAGGGUCUCGGCUACGAAGCACAUAGCGCCCACAGAUGCUCCGGCAAAGAAAAUGGUCUGAAAGGUCCUCUUGCGGCGGAACAUGAGGAACAUCGGCCUCUAGACGCAGAGGACACCCUGUUGAUGAAUGGAAAUGGGACUGUUAAUUGCGCACUGGAUGAAGACGAAGAAGCACGGUGUUCUCGGUCUCAUAUUCCUUGUUUAACUUUGGAGAAACUGAGUCAGCUACGUUACAUUGAAUGUGUCGUCAAGGAGGUCCUGCGGUUUCUCCCGCCAGUGUCUGGAGGAUACAGGACCGUGCUACAAACAUUCGAAUUGAACGGCUACCAGAUUCCUAAAGGAUGGAGUGUAAUGUACAGUAUCCGGGACACCCAUGAGACAGCUGCAGUGUUCCAGAGACCAGAGAUCUUCGACCCAGACCGCUUCGGGCCGGAGCGUGACGAGAGCAAGACUGGGCGCUUCAAUUACAUUCCAUUUGGUGGCGGAAUAAGGAGUUGCGUCGGAAAGGAACUUGCCCAAAUGAUACUAAAAACCCUGGCAGUUGAGGUGAUUGGCACGUGCAAAUGGACACUCGCCACGGAAACAUUCCCCAAGAUGCAGACGGUGCCAAUAGUCCACCCCGUCAAUGGACUGCAUGUGCAUUUCAAUUACGCAUAGCCUACUCCGAUAGUUUAGAGAUGUCAUUGUGUUAUUAUUAAAAACAUUAACAUUAAGCUCAUUAACUUUCCACAAUUGCAAUAUUAAGUUAUUCAAUCUGAAUACAUCAGCAAGAACCCUAUGCUGUGAGAAACACGGUGGUCAUUGUAGAGUGGAACCAAUGCAUGGUGCCAGUGACCUGUGAUGAUGAUCGCCAAGAUCGCCUUUUUACGCACUGGGAAAAGUGACUGCAUACAUUUGCUAUUCUUCACGGACAUCCGGGCGCCCACUUCCAUAACAUAGCAAAUCGAAAAAUGAUAGCCUAUAUUUCAGCACCAUAAUGCAAUAUACAAUGGACGAGUAGGGCUUUUCUCUCAGAAGAAACAUUAUUUGUGCUCAGGACUGAUUAUAAAUAUCCGUCUAUAAUACAAAAUUGUCUUUCAGAUCUUGCACUUGGUCUCCACGAAAGACUUUCAGAAAUACAUUCCAAAUGUAUGUGUUUAUGUCCAGUAUGUAAGUAGAUUGAAAUGAGAUAUAGGCCUACAUUUCUAGGCUAAAUAAGUGUAUGUGUGUAUGAAAUGAAGUAGUAUUACAAAUAAGCUUUAUUUAUAGAACACUUCAGUUAAGUCUGUGUACAUAUGGAAUAAUAAUGAAUAGGCCUAGUUAUUUAUAAUCAAUGUAAAGCAUAGACCGUUAAAACAAACCAUAGGCCUAGAGUAUCGCUAAUUAUUUGAUUAUAAAGUCUAUAAAUCAAAAUGCAAUUAUAUAAACUUACCUAGAGAAAAUAACCAAUUAUUAUUUGUAUUCUUAUUAUUAUUACAUGUUCCAUCAUUAUGAAUAAUCGUUUGUUGAUUUUAAAGCAUGAUGGAAGCGCUGUGAAAUGACCCGGUUAAGAUGGAUUCACGGAAGGAGAUAGCACUUUUUCUCCUUUACGGAGUGUGUAUAUACAGUAUUUGUUCUAUUGAUUGAAUGUGUGUAUUUUUGUGUAGAUGUUGCUCGUAUUAUCUAUAGAAUGAUGUAAAGGGUAAAUUACAAAUGUGCAUUUGCUGCCAUCAUGUUAAGCACAAUGUAUAGAUUCCCGUUCUAUAAAAAGAGCAAUAUGAACUUGUUUAUAGAUAAAAUUGUUAAGGUUUUGAUAAUAUGACAUUUGAUACGUGUGCCAGUAUUAUCACAGUAUAAGCCUAUACAAUAUAUUAUGAAAUGUGUUGUUUUUAAUAUGAGAUGCCAAAAUAUAGUCAAUUGUAAGCGUAGUUUAUAGUCUUAGUGGUUAGUUGGGUCUGUUUUCGUUCGCCAACUCAUAUCAUUGAAUUCCAUAACCACAAGAACGAUUUGCAU